GCUGCCCUGGAGCGUCACAUUUCUAAGCAGUCCCUCCCUGUUGGUGAGCACAAGGUCAAUCAUGGCACCUCUCCUUCUUGACAUCUGCAGAGCAAUUGAGCUGCUGGAAAAAUUACAGAGAAGUGGAGAAGUGCCACCACAAAAGCUACAGGCAUUGCAAAGGGUCCUUCAAAGUGAAUUCUGUAACGCUGUAAGGGAGGUGUAUGAACAUGUAUAUGAAACUGUGGAUAUCAGCAGUAGCCCAGAAGUUAGAGCUAAUGCAACAGCAAAGGCCACCGUAGCUGCAUUUGCUGCUAGUGAAGGCCAUUCCCAUCCCAGAGUGGUUGAACUACCCAAAACAGAAGAAGGUCUUGGAUUCAACAUAAUGGGAGGCAAAGAACAAAAUUCUCCAAUCUAUAUCUCUCGUAUUAUCCCCGGUGGUAUAGCUGAUAGGCACGGAGGCCUGAAACGUGGAGACCAGCUGCUUUCUGUAAACGGAGUGAGCGUCGAAGGUGAACACCAUGAAAAAGCUGUAGAACUGCUGAAGGCAGCUCAAGGGAAGGUUAAAUUAGUUGUGCGAUACACACCAAAGGUCCUGGAAGAAAUGGAGUCGAGAUUUGAAAAAAUGAGAUCAGCAAAACGCAGACAGCAAAACUGAAUGCAAUAACUUGAGGAGAAAAUAGAUUCCAUUGGCAUUUUUAUAGUUUGUGACUCAGUUGAUCCAGUGCCUGGGCUAUAGAAGACCCUGUCCCUUUUGUAGAAUUACAGAAUGAUUGAGGUUGGAGGGACUCCUGGGGAUCAUCUAGUCCGAGCCC